AUGUUGACCGCAACGCACCAACGUCUGACUAACACUCAUCUCCCCACUCCGGAGCCCGAACAUUGUCCUGGUCCUGAGAGUGAGAAUGCUGGAAAGUCGGAUGCCUGCGCUGGGUGCGCUAACAAGGAGAUUUGUGAGUCUUUGCCCAAAGGACCGGAUCCAGAUUUGCCCUUGAUAAAUAAACGUCUUGCAAACAUAAACCACAAGGUACUGGUGCUUUCUGGAAAAGGAGGGGUGGGGAAAUCGACUUUCACCUCGAUGCUUUCGUGGGCACUUGCUGCCGAUCCAGGACUAGAAAUAGGUGCCAUGGAUUUGGACAUUUGCGGACCGUCCCUCCCCAAAAUGCUUGGUUGCGAAAAUGAGUCCAUCCACGCCUCCAACUCGGGAUGGUCCCCCGUGUACAUUAGUGACAAUCUCGGAAUGAUGUCUAUACAAUUUCUGCUCCCGAAGGAGGAUUCCGCCAUCAUCUGGAGAGGUGCGAAAAAAAAUGGUCUGAUAAAACAGUUCCUCAAGGACGUGGACUGGGGCCAGCUCGAUUACCUCGUUAUUGACACGCCUCCAGGAACCUCCGAUGAACACUUGUCUGUCACGAACUACAUGAAAGACGCUGGAAUAGACGGGGCGUUAAUUGUUACUACGCCGCAAGAAGUUGCAUUAUUGGAUGUUCGCAAAGAGAUCGAUUUUUGUCGUAAGGCUGGCGUGAAAGUUCUGGGAAUCGUGGAAAACAUGUCUGGGUUUGUGUGUCCGAAUUGCGGUGGUGAGUCCAAGAUUUUUAAGCCGACCACGGGAGGCGGAGAACGGCUUGCCAAGGAGAUGGGACUCAAGUUCCUGGGCAGUGUUCCUCUGGACCCCCGUAUUGGAAAAAGCUGCGACUCAGGAGAAAGCUUUCUGGAUCUAUACCCGGACUCGCCGGCUUGCGAGGCCAUUCUCGAUGUCGUCGACGCGCUUAGGGACGAGAUUGAAUCCGAAAAUUAA